UUAAUCUAAACACAUUGAAUCGAUACCUAAUCAAAUUAGUUAUGGAAAAUUCCAAGAAACUAUUUGUUUGCUUCUUGUUAGCAAUCGGAGUUGGUUUGAGCAGUGCUUGUAAUGGAUAUAAGGCACGUUUGGUGAAAAUGGAGAAUUGCGGUGGAGCAGAUCAGGUAUUGAAGAUUGAUCCUAAUGUGACCGUUUCCUUGACCAAGAAUUGUGAAAUUGCCGUGAAAGGAUGCGCAGAGACAACUGGUUUUAAAACUUGUACGGUGAAAUACACGAUUUUGAAGAAUGGAAAUCGCAUCACAAGCGGUAAUACCGACGUGUGCUCCGAAUUGCAGAAAGAUUCGAAAGGAGUUGCAACGGCACUGAUGUCAUUCGGCUUACCGAAAAAUUGCCCCGUUGAUAAGAUGCGCCAAUGUUCCGAUGGAUCUCAGAAAAUUGACAUCUCGAAGCAUAAGUCUCUUAUGCCCCUGGCUAUGGGAAAUAUUGACAUAUCUAUCGAUGCAACCCAUGACACGGGAAAAUCUUGCUUGCACGCUGUAUUGAACAUUGACGUGCAAUUCUGCUAUCAGUUGGCAGAUCUGUGUCACUCAAGCAAUGGAUACAAAAUGAAUUUGAUCUCGGUGAUGAACUGCGCCGAAAAUAAUGUACUUAUGGUAGAUCAGAACCUUACGGCUACUUUAAGCAAAGACUGCUUUUUGACAACGAUUGGCUGUAUUUCGUCCAAGGGAUUCAAGGAGGCAAAGGUGAACUAUACCGUUAGCAAGAAUGGAAAUGUAUUGUUAAGUGGAAAUCCCGACCUUUGCAGUGCAUUGGAUCAUAAGACCAAGGAACAAAAGGAAAAAUUGGAAAUGUUUGGUAUACCCAGUGAUUGCCCAGUGCCAGAAGGUCGCAAAUGUAUGGAUGGAUCGAAAAAGGUCGACAUUUCAAAGUUCAAGAAUAUGUUGCCCAUGGCUGCCGGUAGAAUCACCGUUCGCGAUGAAAUUACACAUGAUACGGGCAAAACAUGUGUUGAAAUCAAGUUCGAAGUUUCCAAAUAAGCUACUGACUCUACCACUGCGACAUACGGAUCAAUACGAUGGACUUGCGAUAAUUUCUUUUCAACUAGCGUGUGUGUGAUCAAAAUAAUAUUUUCCGAAAUAUUCAAAAUAUGAAUC